AUGCCUCCGAAGAAAACUGCAGCAAAGAAAAGCGGGGACAAGGAGGAGGCUCCUAAAAAGGAGGCCAAAGGUGGCACGGCUGUGAAAGUUCGUCAUAUUUUAUGUGAGAAGCAGAGCAAAGCUCUGGAAGCUAUAGAGAAGCUAAAGUCUGGUAUGAAGUUCCAUGAAGUUGCUGCUCAGUACAGUGAAGAUAAGGCACGGUCUGGGGGCGAUCUUGGUUGGAUGACUCGCGGUUCAAUGGUCGGUCCAUUUCAAGAUGCUGCUUUCGAGUUACCUAAGAGUACCUGUGACAAGCCCAUCUAUACAGAUCCACCUAUAAAAACUAAAUUUGGCUAUCAUAUCAUAAUGGUUGAGGGCAAGAAAUGA